UACUUGACGUGGCGUCGCUGCUGGCCGCCCUGGGCAGAAACAGAAAGCCACGGCUGUUGCUUGGUUAGUUUGGUGCGGGAGACGGCUGCUUCUUCUCAGUGUUUACAGGAUUUAAGCACUAAGCAGUUAACUUCAGCGUAAAUACUUACAUCUCUUCGCUUAGUAACUCACAGGACAAUGAAUGGUAAGUCAACGAACGGUUCGUUGGGGGGAAUGGCCUGUAUCGAGGGUCUGCCCCCCCUGCCGAAGAGCCUGAGCGGCUUGCUGAACUCGAGCGGCGGCUCCUGGAGAGACAUGGAGAGGAUGUACGUAAAGAAAACCAUGAUCCAGGACGAUCUGAGCCGAGGCAGGAACAACGCCGACAACCUGCUGGCCAACAAGCCGGCCAACCUCGACGCUGCUCUGGCUCUCCUACGGAAAGAAAUGGUGGGUUUGCGUCAGCAGGACAUGUCCCUGCUGUGCCAGCUGUGGUCGCUCCACGAGUCGAUCCAGGAGUACAAGGGCAGCUGCCAGGACCUGAGCGCCGCCUCCAGCCUCAGCAUGAUGGAGAACGGCUACUUCGACGAGGAUGACGAGUAUUACCCGGAGCCUGACGCCACUCCCACCGGGGAACAGCCGGAUGGAGAGCUUGGAGACGGGAUGGCAGCGGACAAGAACGGGAGCAUCAGCGGCAAAGACGACAGCUGGGACUCCUUUCACGUUACCAUCUGAGGCCUCAUUCUCAACUUUUUUUUUUUCUGCAGAUGGAUACAUAUUUUGGGGGUGAAAGACUUGAGUUGCUCAGAAAGCCUUUUGGCCUCCAAGAAGGAACUGGUUGAGUAGGGGUAGCAGUUUGUGCUAUGGAAUUACCAUAAUAGACUCCAGUUUAAUUUCAGCUCCUCCUCAGAUGAAACGCACCCCUGCUUAUGCUGCAGAAGGUUUAUUGUUUUUAAUUUUUUUUGCAGCGUGACCAGGAGCUUCAUCAGACUGCGGAGCCGAGAGGUUUUGACAAGCAGCUUGCUGACACUCUCUCAAACUCAGGAGUUGAGAUGGAUUGUAUUCCAAGACUCCAUAUACUCAAAAUAUAGGCAAUAUAUAUUAGUUCUUUUUAUGAACAGCUCUGCUGCUGCUGCUUCUAUAUCAAGUGGUUUUGCUAGCCAGUCACCCUUUUUUGGCAGAACCUUUUUUACAUAUAUAAAAAUAUAUGAACAAAGUUGUAUUUAUUAUAUAAUAUAAAUAACAAAAUGUCCUGUUA